GCGCGGAAAGCAAGGCAAACAAAAAAAAAAAACAAGAUUGAUAUUUGCGCAAAACACAGAUCUGACCGAUUCUCUCGACGUUUAUUUAUUUCGAACGUGUAGUUUCAAAAUUUUGAAGCGAUUUAAUGGAAGUUGACCAUCUUCCCAACAGACGACCUCCUAAACCUAUCAGAGCUCCUUUGCUCAGUCCUGAAAUCAACUUACAACUGAAUAUCACACCUGAGAAGAAAGUAACUCGUGAAUCAUACGUCAGGCGAGAUGGACAGUCAGAAUCAAGUUAUAAUUAUACGAUUACAAAAGAAAAUGUUUUGAGCCAGCCUCACAUGAACACAACCUCCAUUGUAACAAAGAAGAUUAAAGAACUUAAUCAAACAAAAUUUGAUGCACCUUCUUUGGUUAAGGAAGAGUUAAAAAAAUCAGAAAAACUCCGUCAGGAUAUCGCAGAGAAAGCUUCAGAAGCAUUAAACUAUAAUUCCAAGGAGUCCACCCAUCCUGGAUUAGUUUCCUUGGAUGUGUCUGCAAGUGAUCUAACAUUGCAACAAAGGAAAGUGUUCAAAGAAAGAAAAGCAAGUGAAAGUAAAGAAGAGCCAGAUAUAAUGAGCUUUUUAUCAGAUGAUCUUGAAUAUGAAAGUGCUAGUCUCUCAUGUGAUUGUAUUGCUGAAAGUUCAGAACUUGAACAAGAGUUGUUUACUGAACAAACUGAAGAUGCAUUUAGUUUGUUUGAGCUCAUUGAGUGUUGGACUCGAUAAGACACACACUACACAAAACAUAGGCCAAUAGCAAUCCCUUGUUCUGGAAUUUGGCAUUUAUGUAAAGUCAUAAAUCAUUACAAGAAAUCCAGCAAAUGUUCUGCCUUGUACUCCCCUCUGACCUCCAAUAGGAAUUGAACCUACAUGGCUAUUUCACCUACACCUAUUUCAAGCUUUAUUCUAAAAUCAAUGAGGUUUAAUUCUUGGAAGAGGAUUUCAGAUUUUAGUCACAUUUUUGUUGUGGUCUAAAUCAUAUUGUGUAUAUAACUUGCUUCACCAGUAAACCACCAUCAACACUAUAUUGUUUUGUUUAAACUUUAUGCUUACGUUGCUUUU